AUGACGACCUCCUGCGUGGCCGCGUGCCUCGGCGCUGCCGGCGGCAUCGGCGAGUUUGCGCCGCUCGCUGUCGUCUCCUGCGCCUCGCUCCUCCUGUUCGCCAAGGCCACCGCUGCGCCAAAGCCGCCGCCGGGUGUCGGCCUUCCAGUCGUGCUGCUCGCCGCUACAUUCAUCGCUGCGCUGGUGCUGCCGGCCGAGCCCACCUCAAUCGCGCCCGAUGACAGCUCAACGGCGGCGGCCGCUGCUCACGACGAGGCGGCGGUUGAGGAGGAUCGCGAUCCGAGUGAGGGAGCCUCGCGCGCCCGCAAGAACCCUCUCCGGCGUGUCCUCUCCCGCCUUCGCGGCCGCACACCCGCCGAAACCGCGGCCCCGAGCGCCUAG